AUGUGUGGCCCCCAAACGCUUAGCCACUCACCGCCAGCGAUUUUCCAAGAUCGCACAUCCUAUCAACGGUUCAACCCGGGACCAAAACCUGGAUUUCUGAUCGUCCCCAUAAACCAAAACCGUCGGCCCCGUACUCGCAUAUUCUUGCAUCUGCAGUUGGGUCUGCCCUACUGGCAGUCGGAGAGCUCCGCGCGCUGGAAACUUGCCGGCGUCGUGGGCCUUACGCUUGCAACUACAGCUGUAAGUGUGGUGUUCAACUUCCUGGGUCGAGACUUCUUCACCGCGCUGUCCGAGAAGGACGAGGUGCAGUUCAAGUACCAGCUGGUCAAGUACCUGGGGGGCUUCGCUCUGGGGAUACCCGUGUUCGUGUUCAAGAGCUACUACCAGAGCAAGCUGGCUCUGGAGUGGCGGCAGUGGAUGACGGAGCGGCUGCUGACCGACUACCUGGCCGACCGCACCUUCUACGGACUGCAGCAGAGCGGGGAGGUGGACAACCCCGACCAGCGCAUAUCCUCCGACGUGGCGACCUUCACGGACACCGCCAUGGGCUUGUCCCUGACACUGCUCAAUGCGGGAAUCGACCUGGUGUCCUUCUCCGGCAUCCUGUUCUCCAUCUAUCCGCCCCUGUUCGCGGCCCUGCUGGUGUACUCGCUGGGGGGCACUGCGGCGUCGGUGGCGCUGGGGAAGAACCUGGUGACCCUCAACUUCACACAGGAGGCUCGGGAGGCGGACUUCAGGUACGGGCUGGUGCGGGUGCGGGAGAACGCGGAGAGCAUCGCCUUCUACGGCGGUGAUCAGGAUGAGAAGGAGCUCUUGAAGCAGCGCCUGCAAGCCGCCGUGUCCAACUACCUAGGGCUGUUGACCGCCUCCCGCAACCUGGACUUCUUCACCUCCUUCUACCGCUACCUCAUCCAGCUGCUGCCCGCCGCGGUGGUGGCACCCCUCUACUUCCAGGGUAAGAUCGAUUUUGGUGUCAUCAAUCAAAGUCAGUCCGCCUUCAACCACAUCCUGAACGACGUCUCCCUCGUCAUCUACCAGAUUGAGGCGCUGGCGGGUUUCAGUGCGGUGGUGGACCGGCUGGGGGAGUUCCAGGAGGCCAUGACUGGAGAGGGUAGCAGGGGAGCCGUCAGCGGUCAGAGUCAUGAGGCUGUUGGACCCACGGGUCGGCCGGCCCUGUUGCAAAUACACGACUUGACAGUGGUCACCCCCCGGGGCAACAAUCUGUUGCUCCAGAACCUGGACCUGCAGGUUUGCCCCGGCUCGUCCCUACUUGUGAUGGGGCCCAGCGGCGCGGGUAAGACCAGUUUGUUGCGGGCAGUGGCCGGGUUGUGGUGCGAGGGCCGAGGCCGCAUCGAGCUGGGGGCGGCGCGUCGGGAGGUCAUAUUCCUGCCGCAGCGGCCGUACAUGGUCCUGGGCUCGCUCCGAGACCAAGCUCUGUACCCCAGGGAACCUGCCCUCAGCGAUGAUGGCAACAGCACCUCCACCUCCUCCGCGCCCUCCUCCGCGCCCUCCUCCGCGCCCCCCGGUGGGCAGCUGCCGGAUGACUGGGAGGUGUUGCGGGUGUUGGAGCUUGUGCAGCUGGGGCACUUGCUGACCAGAUACGGUGAGGAUGUGGGGGCGGACUGGUCUAGCUGCCUGUCACUGGGGGAGCAGCAGCGCCUGGGCUGGGCGAGGCUGCUCCUAUCUCGGCCCAAGCUGGCAUUGCUUGAUGAGGCAACCAGCGCGCUUGAUCAGGAUACGGAGGCGAGGCUGUACAAGGUUCUUCAGCAGUCGGGUAUCACGUACAUCUCGGUGGGCCACCGCUCCACGCUGCGGGAGUUCCACAAGACAUUGCUGCAGCUCAGACCCGACGGCGCGGGCGGGGUGGCGUGGGAGGUACGGCAGCUGGCCGAGCCGCAGGUCGCGGCUGAGGCUGAGGCUGCCACCGUGCGGGUGACCGCUCCCUAG